AUGCAGUUCACCAUUGCCACCAUCGUUGCCUUCGCCGCCGCCGCCCAGGCCGGUCCCCUCGCUAUCCGCGCCAACACCUGCAACAGCGCGCCUGCUGGCCCCGUCAACGCCGAUGUCACUCCUCGCUCCCAGCCUGUCGCGGCUACCGCCGACGCCUGCCAGAAGCUUUGCGAGGCCGACUCUGGCUGCCAGUCUUUCGUCUUCGGCCUGCCUCCCUCCGGAACCACCCCUCUCUGCUACCUUUACGCCGUCCCCGCGGCUCAGGUCCCUCCCCAGAGCAACUCCAACCUGAUGGUCUUCGACAAGGCUUGCACUAGCGUCCCUACUGCCGCCCCCACCCAGAACAACAACAACGGCGCCGCCAACAACAACGGCCAGGAGAACAACAACAACAACAACAACGGCCAGGCCAACAACAACGGUGAGGCUAACAACGGCCAGGCUCAGCAGCCCAAGAAGCGCAACGUUUGCGGCGCUGCCCCCACUGGCCCGGCCACCAACAACCCCAACCCUCUGGUCAGCCGUUCCGACGUCGCUUCCCAGGAUGACUGCUUGGCUCUGUGCCGUCAGACCUCCGGCUGCCAGGCCAUCGAGUUCGGCAAGCCUUCCGCCAACGAGCCGGUUCAGUGCCGCCUCUUCAACGUCCCCUCUUCCAACCUGCCCGCCCCCACCAACGGCCAGACCUUCGUCGCCUUCGACAUUGGCUGCUAA